AUGCGCCUGUUUGAAGCGAAUUUCGGCAUUAGUGUUGGUCUACCCACGACUGUUCAUAACGAUCAACAGCAUUUUGGAAUGGCCGAUGCGGUAGUAUUUCGACUGGUGUUUGCUGGAAUUCUGAUGUGCAUGCUGUACUUACACUCAGCUACAUGUCUACCAACCUCAGAACUGUUGAAACGAUUCAGCAAAGAAGAACUUGAAGCAAAGAUGAAAAUUAUAAAAGACGCAUACGAAAAGAUCUUGGAUAAUAGGAUGCAAGAGCUAAAUGCGUUUUAUCAACUCCAUGGACGGCCAAGGUUUGGAAAGCGGUCUUUUCGAGGAGCGGAAGGUCGAAUUAUCCUGCCGGACAUUGAUGAAGAGGAUGACUUUGUAUACCGAGUUGUUUGAACAUUUCAUUAUGCUUGCUCAAAGUGAAUUUUGAUUCUGCCAGCAA